AAAAAAAAAAGGGAAAAGAUUUCUUAGAAGAAGAGGGUGUUCUUCAUACGUUUCAAUCUCAGUAUCCGAAACUAACCAAAAUUACGCCUCUCUCUGCCUCUCCUUAUCGCAAGAUUACAAAACCCUAAUUUUCUUAUCACAAGAAGACUCAAACCCCGUUUAACAUUCACACCUCGUCUCCCAGUAUAUAUUAUUUCUGUGAGAGUUGUUUUAUUCUCUUCUGAGAAAACGCAUUGUUUGGAUUGCGAAUAUAAUACUGGGCGGUUAUUAAACGGUUACGUUUUUGGUAUAGUGAGGCAACAAUCAAUGAUUCAUUAGCAGGUUAGGGUUAGUUGUAUUCGAUAUUUGUCUCUCUCUCUACAAAUUUCCCUAUAUUUUGUUGAGCAAAUAUUUUGCUGUUCUAACCCUAAGACCUUCCUUACCACUUGGUUUUUUUUAAUAUAUCUCUGCGUAAAAUAACAUACACUCAUAAACUGUCUAUGUUUUAGGGCUUGUCUUUUUGUUUUGUUCUAGGGUUUUUCCCUAAUUGUGCCGGUUUAUGGGUGUGAAUUAACGUUAAGGAACAUUGGGUAUUCUUUCAUUGUUUCCAUUCAUUGAUUGUUGUUUUCGCGUAAGGAUUUGGUGCUUUUGAAGAGAUGAGGGUCUAUUGAGUGUAGUUGUGGCGUGUUUGUCAGCAAAUCCAACUUUGAUUGAAGAUGGAGGUGUAGAGACUAUGAAGAGAUAGAUUUAAGUUAAUUCCGUUAAAUAAUACCACUUUUUGUUGCCGUUGUCUUUGUUUUUGUGCUCUGGUUACAGGCUUGUGUCGGAAUUUGCUUCUGUUAGUUUUUUUUUGUUGAAUGUGCCCAUUGACUGAUAUUGUACCUGCAAGUGCAAUUAGAGCGCUUUGUGUUUAACUGGCGACUGACUUGAUUGGUUGCUCUGUCAAUUGAUGGCGGCUGUGAAGCCAAGUGGGUAUCUUAGGAGAAAAGAAGUAUAGAAUUAGGGUUAGAAGGCAGUUACUUUGUAAGGAAGUAUAAUUAUUCUGUUGGAAGGGGUGGAGAAGAAGGCCAGAGAAGUGAAUCUCUUGUUGUAUCUGAUGAUGUUCUUUGCUCCUGAUGGAAAGAAGUGAACCUACAUUAGUUCCUCAAUGGUUGAGAAGUGCUGGAAGUGCUACUGGUGGUGGCAGUACAGCCCCCCACUCCGCGUCAUCAUCUUCUCACUCAGAUGGAACUUCAUCUAUACAUCACACCAGAAGUAGAAAUGCUAAAAGCAUAAGCGAUUUUGAUAGCCCUCGUUCUACCUUUUUGGACCGGACUUCUUCCUCAAAUUCAAGGAGGAGUUCUAGUAAUGGUUCUGCUAAACAUGCGUAUAGUAGUUUUAAUAGAAGUCACCGUGAUAAGGAACGCGAGAGAGAUAAAGACAGGUUGAGCUAUGGGGAUCUGUGGGACCAUGAUUCUUCUGACCCUUUAGGAAACAUCGUAAGCAGUUGGAUUGAGAAGGACACCUUGCGGCGCUCUCACUCAAUGGUUUCAAGGAAACAGAGUGAGAUCUUGCCCCGAAGCAGUAAUACCAGUCAUAACAAUGGAAAUGGUGUGCUGUCUGGGGUUAGUCCUGGUAGUAACAUCAAGAAGUCUGUGUUUGAGAAAGAUUUUCCCUCGCUUGGAUCUGAAGAGAGGGGAGUGCCUGAUAUAGGAAGAGUCUCAUCGCCUGGUUUGAGCUCAGCUGUACAAAGCUUGCCUGUUGGUAGUUCAGCUUUAAUUGGUGGAGAGGGAUGGACCUCUGCACUAGCAGAGGUGCCCCCCAUAAUUGGGAACAAUAGUUCAGGAUCUUUUUCCGCACAAACUGGUGUAGCCUCUACAUUGUCUGGGCAGCCUAGUGCAAUGGCUGGUCUUAACAUGGCUGAAGCAUUGGCACAACCUCCAGCGCGGGCUCGUGCUGGUCCUCAGUUAUCUAUCAAGACACAAAGACUUGAGGAAUUGGAAAUUAAGAAGUCAAGGCAACUAAUACCGGUGACACCUUCAAUGCCUAAGGGUUUGGUGCACAGUUUCUCUGACAAAUCAAAACCAAAAACUGCUGUUAGAGCUGUUGAGAUGAAUAUGGUUUCAAAGAAUGUGCAACCGCCACCUUCUUCAUUGCUCCAGGCUAGUCAAUCUCUUCAUGGUGCAACUGCAAAGUCUGAUUUGUCAAAGUUAUCUCAUGGGAAGCUCUAUGUUCUCAAACCUGCAUGGGAAAAUGAUGUUUCCAAUCCUCCAAAGGAUGUUGCUAGUCCCACAAGUAAUGCCAACAGCCGAGCAGCAAGUAACCAGCUUGCUGUUGCUCCAUCGAUAGCGUCAGCUCCUUCAAAGACACCAAACAACCCCAAGUUUUCCUCUGGGGAGCGCAAGGCUUCUACCUUGAAUCCAAUAGCUGUAUUCCCUGUGGAAAGGAGACCCUCGUUGUCGCAAACUCAGAGCAGACAUGAUUUCUUUAACCACCUAAAGAAGAAAACCUCAGUGAACAGUUCUGCUCCCCCUGGAGAUUCAGGCUCUGAUAUCUCAUCUCCCACUGCAGAGAAAUCUGGAGAAGUACUGAAGGAAGCAGUGGGUGCUCCUGUCAGUCAUAGAACUGACAAUGGUGUAGAGGUGACUGUCAAUGGUGAUGCCCAUGAAGAGGCCCAGAGCUUUUCCAACAUGGGAGAGAAAAGUGUGAGCUGCUAUCCAACAGUGGAUCCAGAUGAGGAAGCUGCAUUCCUCCGUUCCCUUGGCUGGGAGGAAAAUUCUGGGGAGGAUGAAGGCCUUACAGAGGAGGAGAUCAAUGCUUUCCUUCAGGAGUGCAAGAAAAGAGGUGGGCAGUUGAAGUUGCCUGAAUUUCAUUCAACCCCUGUUGGUGAACCUUCUUCGGAAUUGAGCUCAUCUGACUCUGGAUCUGAGGCCUGAUUAGCUAGUUUUUCUUACAUAAUAGAUCCAAGAAGUUCAAUUUUUUAUGGCAGAUGGGUAGUUUCUUCUUUUUCCUAUUUUUGUUUUUUUUUUUUUUUGGGAAGAAAAACUGAUGAGUUGGAUAGAAAGAACAGGUGGGUCAUGGGUGGAACUGCAUUUUGCAAAUAGUGCAAUAAGUUUCAGGCGCCCCAAUCCUGCCUUGGUAAACAGGGGAAUUCUUUUUUUAGGCUUCAAGGUUGUUUUGGAGAUAGGGGCCGUUUUGACUGCAGUGGAAGAUGCUGAGAAAGUUGCAUCAUUUGGGGUAUUUAGUUCUUUUUCACUUUUCCUUUUCGAGAGGGGUUUGAUUCUACUAGUAGAAAAGAAGAAAGAGAAAGCUUAUGGUGUUUUUUUUGUCAAUUUUACCAAAAAGGAAAUCAAAGAAGUUUCAUUUUUAGUUUA